UCAUCCUUUUCCAUAUAUAUAGCAGGAAGCAAAACAAGUAUGUUGUAUUGUAAAACGUCAUGGCAUAAUUUUCACUUCAUUCAUGCCGUGACCAUCUGUGUAUCGUGCAGUUUUCGUUUCGGUGUAACUUGAUUGUUCCAAACAGGCGCGAAACGUGAAAUUAAAGAUUUAGAAUAAUUAAAACUUUAUCGACAAAAUAAAGUUAUUUUAAUUAUCAACAAUCAUGGCAAUUGAUAAAGGUUUCAUAAAUGUUAUAGUACUAAGUUUUGGUUUCAUGAUGGUGUUUACGGCCUUUCAAACUAUGAGUAACAUCGAGCAAACUGUCCUAGCGAGUAUAAGAAAGGAUGAUCCUAGUUUCAACGCUGAUGCAUAUACCAGUUUGGCGAUUUUGUAUGCUGUUUUCGCUAUUUGCAACUGGUUAGCACCAUCAUACAUAUCAUUGACGGGCCCUAGAGUCGCCAUAGUAACCGGUUGUUGCUGUUACGUUCUCUUCAUAGCGUCCUUUUUAUGGCCACAUCCGGCUUUUCUCUAUACUGUAUCAGCUAUUCUCGGAGCUGGUGCAGCUUUUAUAUGGACAGGACAUGGGCAAUAUCUUACGGAAAAUAGCGACAAUGAAACAAUGUCAAGGAAUGCCGGUUUGUUUUGGGCUAUAUUUCAAUCAUCUCUCUUUAUCGGCAACCUUUUCGUUUAUUUUAUGUUUACAAACGAACAUAUAGAACAAUCGGUACGACAAACCGUAUUCAUCGUACUGAUUGGUUUAGCAGUUUUUGGUACGAUAAUUUUAUCAUUGUUAAGAAAAAUUCCUCAGAGAUUUGCUCUGGGAGAAGCCGAAGGAGUAUCCAGCGCUGACAAAGAACUUCAUAUACCCGAGCCAGCGAAAGAGAAACCUCUUUUAGCAGCUUGGUGUGCUUUGAGAGACGCAUUUUCUCUUUUCGUUACACCAAGGAUGAUUUUUCUAUCCUUUACAUUCGUUUAUACGGGUCUACAGUUGACUUUCUUUUCCGGUGUAUAUGCUACUAGUAUAGGUUUCACAAAAGCUAUGGGUGAGUCACGUAAAAGAUUGAUCGGUUUAUCGGGAAUAUUUGUAGGAAUCGGCGAAGUUGUUGGAGGUACCUUGUUCGGUAUUUUCGCAUCUAAAGUAUCAAAUAUUUGCAGUGGUUCACCCGUUGUUAUCAUUGGCUGCAUUACUCAUCUAUUUGCUUUUAUUAGUAUAUUUUUGAAUUUACCUAAUUCAGCAUCCUUUAUUGAUACGGAUGAGAAAGGUUUUAUAGAACCCUCUCCUAUUCUUGCUAUGGCAGGAAGCCUUGCAUUGGGUUUUGGCGAUGCUUGCUUCAACACUCAGGUUUAUUCCUUACUCGGUGUUUUGUUCGCAAUAGAGAGUGCAUCUGCAUUUGCUCUAUUUAAAUUUUGUCAAUCGGUAGCCGCAGCAGUCAGCUUUGCUUACAGUAGCAAAAUUGGUUUACAUCUUCAAUUAUUUAUAUUGCUCGUUUCUAUUAUUAUCGGAACAACUACGUUCGUUAUAGUCGAACGAAAAGCGCGAAAUUGUUUAAACGAGAAUCAACCUGACAUCGAUCCAGCGAUUGUCGAAGGACAAAGUAUAGAUGAUUGAAGAAAUUAUUUUUAUAGAAAAUAUUCGAUCAAUCGGUGCAAUUUUAAAUGAUCGUUUUACCACGAUCGAAUUAUUUUAUGCGAUAUCCUUAUGAUCACUUUUUUUAAUCAGAAAAGAAAAAAUAUCGAAAUUAAUACAAAUUUUGACAAUAAUCGUUUUAUUAUAGUUAUGAAUCAACAAUGGCUGUGUCGAUGAAGACGUUACAUUUGUAAAUACGUGAGUU